AUCGAUCUUAGCGAUACCUUGAAUUACUUAUCAAAAUAACGAAAUUAAUUAACAAUGUGUUAAUUUGACGUUUAUUAGUGCCCAACUUUACCUAAAUUAAUUCUGAUAAUAGAUAUACAUACGUAGAACAAAGUAUCUGUUAUUAUUGUAAUUAUAGCGAUUUAAAUGAACGUUACUUGCAAGAAAAAAGAUCAUGAAAGCAAACAUUUUAUUAUUCAGCUUAUGUCUGUUCCAAUAUCAAAAACAUACAAUUCAGAGGCUAGAUUACCGCGUUUUCCACAGGUUCCAGGGUCCACAAGGGCCGCCACCAACGCCACCUUUCAACAAGGACUGGCAACAGGUUCACUCCUCGACCCGUUCAAGGAGGAGACGGACCACUACUGACUACUAUGGUCCAAAAGACGAUGAUCCUGGUGUGUAUGUAGGGGCUCCACCAACCGGCAAGCAGCUGACCGGCGUUCCUUCCAUCUCCGACGAUAUACCAACGACUACCUUCGAUUACUCGGAGUAUUCGGAUGAAACCACACCGCCUACAAUCCCGUCUACCAGUAGAAGUAGAAGGCCAAGGGAUUCGUCUUCAGAAAAGGAGCCUCCUAUGGACCCCUGGUAUAAGAACUUCAGGGACACCCACAACUUGCCUGAACCAUACCAGAUUCCGGGGCGAAAGAAGAUAGUUGAUCUGGAGAACAUGGCGGCUUGCAAGUGUCCCAGGGUAUACUGGCCGGUCUGCGCGAAAAACAAUAUAACGUAUCUGAAUUAUUGUAUAAUGGACUGCUUAGAUCAAGAAAUCAGGAGGUAUGGACCGUGCAUCAAUUACAGGAGGGCCUAUUUUUCUGAAGUGUUUUAGGUAGUUAUUCUUAAAGCAAACCAUAUAGGCAAAUUGACUAAACUUGUUCGUCAACUCGUUCGAUUCGAUUUU